AUGUUAGCGGUGGGGGCGAUGGAGGGCACCCGGCAGAGCGCGUUCCUGCUCAGCAGCCCGCCCCUGGCCGCCCUGCACAGCAUGGCGGAGAUGAAGACCCCGCUAUACCCCACUGCGUACCCCCCGCUGCCCACCGGUCCCCCCUCCUCCUCGUCCUCUUCCUCCUCGUCGUCCUCCUCAUCGCCCUCUCCGCCUUUAGGCGCCCACAACCCCGGCGGCCUGAAGCCCCCGGCCACGGGGGGUCUUUCGUCCCUGGGAAGCCCCCCACAGCAGCUCUCGGCCGCCACCCCGCACGGCAUCAAUGACAUCCUGAGCCGGCCCUCCAUGCCCAUGGCAUCGGGGGCCGUCCUGCCCUCCGCCUCGCCCUCCGGCUCUUCCUCCUCCUCUUCCUCGUCCGCCUCAGCCACCUCCGCCUCGGCCGCCGCUGCUGCUGCCGCGGCCGCCGCAGCCGCCGCAUCGUCCCCUGCGGGGCUGCUGGCCGGCCUGCCCCGCUUCAGCAGCCUGAGCCCGCCGCCGCCGCCUCCAGGGCUCUACUUUAGCCCCAGCGCCGCGGCCGUGGCUGCCGUAGGCCGGUACCCCAAGCCGCUGGCCGAACUGCCCGGCCGGACGCCCAUCUUCUGGCCGGGAGUGAUGCAAAGCCCGCCCUGGAGGGACGCGCGCCUGGCCUGCACCCCUCAUCAAGGAUCCAUUUUGCUGGACAAAGACGGAAAGAGAAAACACACAAGACCCACGUUCUCGGGCCAGCAGAUCUUCGCCCUGGAGAAGACUUUCGAACAAACGAAAUACUUGGCGGGGCCCGAGAGAGCUCGCUUGGCCUAUUCGUUGGGGAUGACGGAGAGUCAGGUCAAGGUCUGGUUCCAGAACCGCCGCACCAAGUGGAGGAAGAAGCACGCGGCCGAGAUGGCCACGGCCAAGAAGAAGCAGGACUCGGAGACCGAGCGUCUCAAGGGGGCCUCGGAGAAUGAGGAGGAUGAUGACGACUACAACAAGCCCCUGGACCCCAACUCAGACGACGAGAAGAUCACACAGCUGCUGAAGAAGCACAAGUCCGGGGGCGGCGGCGGCGGCCUCCUGCUGCACACGUCUGAGAACGAGAGCUCGUCCUGAGCCCCGACGCCCGCCCGCGCAUUCCCUGCCCCCGGCCUCCGCCUCGGGGACCCUGGGGACCGCGCGACCGCCCAGGGCCGCGCACCCAUCCCGCCUUCCCGCCCCUCGGACCCGGAGGACCAGGCCCCGCCUGCGGGGACCCUUUGCUAUUUUCUG